UUGAUUGUAUAAUCAAAAUACAAAUCUUGAUAUGUCAGCCUAAUGAUCUAAUAUAAUGGACCGAGAUGGUGCAGGAUUAAUUUCAGAGGUUACUACUGAACAUGUGUGUUUGUGUGUGUCAGUCUAGUGUAUUUUCAACUUGUGGAACCAAGGAUAUGGUUGGAGAAUUUGAUGAGAUGAUGGAUAAUCAAGUAUUUAGUUAUUUCCUAGAUGUGUAUGAAAUGUGAAAACUGUCACAUGAAGGACCUUCCACUGGUUAACAAUCUCCAAAAGAGAAAGAUUGUCAAUUAAUUCACCAUUUUACGCAUUGUUCAGUUAGCAUUUGUUACAUAUUACACUUUACUUCUUAUUGAUCAGCUGACAAGAAGAUUUUUGCAUUUGCACUGUUUAAACAAAUAUUAAUAAUGCUUUCUGCUCUGUUGAUUUUUCUGCCUAUCCGAGGCUUCAAUUUUUGCCACAUUUAUGCAUCUGUACUGGACAGUCUUGCUAAUUAAUUACAACCCAGUGCAUGGAAUUUGUAUUCAUGUGGUGAAGUCCAUUUUGCUUGCUUAUAAGUGGAUGGCUGCUGUUUUAGGGGCAAAAGAUGCAGUGGAAUGGAUUUAUAGAGGAGAAGGAGCUGCGAACUUGGUUCUUGCUUACUGUGGAAGUGCUCCAAAAUUUGUUGGAAAGGUCUUAAGGAUACAAAAAGUUCCAAAUAAUGGAUCUGAAUGUGAGAAUGGUCAUUCAGCUCUAACCAAGCUCGAGUGUGUCCUAUGGGGAAAAUUUGAAGGCAUUGUUUCAGCUCCUACAAGGGAAACUGCAGAGCAACUGUAUGUGCAGAAAGUAAUGUGCCCAUUGUUGGGUUCGGAACAUGUUGAUGCUGGAAUUCAUGUUCUCGUAUCAAGAGAGUUUCUGGAGGCAGUUGAAAAGAAAGUUCUUGGUCAGCGUCCUUCUUGGCGAGUUGAUGCUGCCAAAGUCAAUCCCUUGUGUGAUUCAGUUCUUCUCAUUGCUGAUCAUUCAAAAUUUCCUCAUGUUUCAGGAAUUUUCAAAGAGGAUUUUUGUGUAUCUGUUGAAAUAAAGCCGAAAGGUGGAUUUCUUCCUGUUUCAGAAUUUAUAGCUGAAGAAAAUGCGGUGAAAAAGAAAAUCAUUCGCUUUAAAAUGCACCAACUGCUGAAAUUGCACCAAGGAAAGAUACGAAAAAUAAGUAAAUAUGAUCCUCUGGAUAUGUUUUCUGGAUCCAAGGACAGAGUACAAAAAGCAAUUAAGUCUCUCUUUCUUACACCUCAGAAUAAUUUCCGCGUUUUCUUAAAUGGUUCACUUGCUUUUGGAGGAAUGGAUGGUUCUGCUGACAGUGCAAGUUAUACUCUUGACCAAGCAUUCCUGGACGGACUUAAACAUAUCAUUGUGGCAAAAGAUGGGAUGCAUAUAAAAUAUUUUCUGGAGCUCAUUGCUGAAACUAUAUUCAAGUCUGGUUUAUUGGAUCGGCUUCUUGAAGUACAGAAACUUGAUGCUAUUGAUAUAGAAGGUGCUAUUCAUGCCUACUAUGAUAUUGUGUCCCAGCCUUGUAUGGUCUGUCGGGAGAAGGAUGGAAACAAAUUGUCAGGAAGAUAUUCAUCACUUCAUUCAAUGCCAAGAGAUGAAAAAUUAAAAAUUGUGAGGGAUUACUUGAUAUCUUCCACUGCAAAGGACCUAAGUUUGAUGAUUAGUUUUAGGUCCAGAGGAAAUAAUCUGGAGUCUCCCUAUAAGGUUGUCUUUCUUGAAUCAACCAAACAAACUUUUGAUUACAAGGCAUCUUUCAUUGACCUGGACAUGAAACCACUGAAGAAAAUGGAGUAUUACUAUAAGUUGGAUCAGCAGAUAGUCAGCUUCUAUGUCAAGAUGGUAAAAGAUAAAGAAGCAAUUGAUAAUGGAUAUCAACAAAGGCAAAGAAGGAAAAGUUGUGGCGUCGUCUGAUUUUUUCUUAUCAGCUGGAUCUGUGCUUCCAGAGAACAUUCUACAUUGUGACAAUGUCAGUCAGGAUAUUGUCCUGGAUCUGUCGACACAUGGCUCCAAUAAAAUCACUUUCCACAUGUUUGAAUAUACCAUUUUCCUUUGUAAAUCUGAGCUCUCCAGAUAUUGCCAAAGCUUUGAGACGUCGUCAUUUGGAACCAACAUUUGCUGCAACUUCACCAUCAUGGUUUCUUGUUAAAAUUUGGAAAACUCCUCUGGGCAUUGUUUGCAUACUUGGGUUGUUUACCAUAGCCUUGGUAUGCGGCUCAUGAAAUUGACUGAGGAAUCACCAUUUCAUUAAGACAGUUACCUCUAGGCUGCACAUCUUUGCCGUGGAUUACCCUAUCCAAGUCACAUCGUGUCCAUAGUGCUCUGCAAUCCAGAACUGCAUUUUGGCUUAUGUUUAGCUUUCAGACAAGGAUGUUACAUCAAAUGCAUAAAGAGUUUUAUUCUUUAAUUGUCUUCUGUAGCUAGGUAGUUUUAAUUUUGUUUUAUUUGUUGCCUUAUUGCUUGCAGCAUGUAUAUGAUAAUUCAUCUUCUUCUCUGUAUUUUGUUGGACUCUACAUUAGUAUUCUCUUCAUAUACUCUGUUGAACUCGUCAUUUACGUGAACUAAUGUCUGCAGUGUCCUCUUUCAUUUCUUAUAUGAGAGUAGACGAGAAUAUCUCGGAACCAAAGUGAUAGGUUCUCUAAAGAUUUAGCAACCUACUGCAUAGUUAGCUAAUUAAGUAUUUACUUUGCCAUGCUU